UGCCCGAAAGUAAGCUUGGCUCCUCUGGCUCAGUAAGUUUCCACAUGACAACCUCUGUGUAAACAUGUAAAAAGUGCUUGUAAGGGAAGACAGUGAGACACUUUGAUCAAGGACUUUGAAUCCAUAUCAAGGAGGCAGACAGUGAUUGAUUUUCCCAGGACUGUGGUGGGUUUAUAUAACUCCUGGUACAUUCUAUUCUGGAGGUCACACUCAUCUUCAUCUUUGGACCUACAGAUCACAAGACACAUUUAUCUUUAGAGCCUGCUUUGCACACCUUUUGUCCAUCUGGGACUUCUGUCAGGAUCUGUCCCUUUUCUUUGGUCUGAUGGUAGUUUGAUCCUCUUUUCUGUUGGAGAGAUGUUGAGGCAUCAAGGAAGCAUGUUGAGGUGUUUGCUACAGAGAGCAACCAACUUAAGGAAUGUAGAGAAAGGAGAGAGACAUAGUGACCCGCUUGCUAGCAUCACGUUCAGAGGGACAAAAAAGAAAACCAAAGUCAUCAAAAAUAAUGUCAAUCCUGUGUGGAAUGAGGGCUUUGAGUGGGACUUGAAGGGCAUGCCUUUAGAUUCUGGAGCAGAGCUUCAUGUUGUCGUCAAGGACCAUGAGAAAAUGGGCAGGAAUAGGUUUCUGGGGGAGUGUCGGGUAGCUCUCCGAGAUGUGCUCAACUCUCCAAACCUGGCUGCUACUUUCACUGUGUCCCUGGUAGACACCAAGCGGAAUAGCACAGGGGCCACAAUAACCUUGCAGGUUUCCUACAUCCCUCCUCCAGGCAUGGCACCCAUAUUUCAGCCUCCCUCACUGCCCGAGGCCCAGCACACCCCUGUGGAGCUGGACACAGUUACAGUGUUCUCAAUGGACACCAUGGGUGAGGAGGACACUGAGAGUAUGCUUAUGAUGGAGGUGGUGGAGGAGCCUGAACCUGUUCCAGGACCCCAGGGUCAGGACAUGGGGCCCCCUACUGCACCACCCAAAAAGACCCCACCAAACUUCAACCACAGCCUUAAGAAAAAGAAACGCCACAGCAACAAAUCCACACUGUCCAACAAACCCCAGGACCUCCAGGUACGGCUGCGCAUCAUUGAGGGAAGACAGCUCCCUGGUGUCAACAUAAAACCUGUUGUCAAGGUUACAGUUGGAGGCCAGACAAAGAGAACACGCAUCAAAAAGGGCAAUAAUCCGUAUUUUGAUGAGACUUUCUUUCUGAACUUCUUUGAGACACCUUCAGAUCUUUUUGAUGAACCGAUCUUUAUAACUGUAUAUGACUCCAAGUCACAACGCAAAGAUUCCGUUAUUGGAGAAUUCAAGCUAGAUGUUGGCAUGGUGUAUAAUGAACACCGGCAUGCCAUUCUCAGGAAAUGGUUGUUGCUGGCAGAUACCGAUGAUCUGUCUGCAGGGGCCAGAGGUUAUUUGAAGGUCAGCAUGUUUGUGCUGGCCGCGGGUGAUGAGCCUCCGAUGGAUAAGAAAGAGGGUCAAGAAGAAAAGGAAGACAUUGAGGGGAACCUGUUGAGACCAGCAGGUCUUACUCUGAGAGGAGCCACGUUUGCUCUCAGAGUUUACAGGGCAGAAGACCUGCCUCAGAUGGAUGAUGCUGUAAUGGACGGUGUGAAACAGUUCCUUGGUUUCGAGACCAACAAAAAGAACCUUGUGGAUCCUUUGGUGGAGGUCAACUUUGCAGGGAAAACGAUCUGUAGCAGGAUUCUGGAGAAAAACACCAACCCUCAGUGGAACCAGAGCCUCACUCUGCCCAUCAGGUUCCCAUCAAUGUGUGAAAAGAUGAGAAUACGCAUUUUAGAUUGGGAUCGCGCCAGCCACAAUGAUGUCAUUGGCACUACUCACUUAUGCAUGUCCAAAAUCUCAGCUCCUGGGGGGAACAUUGAAGUGGAUGAUAAUAUAGGCUUCCUGCCCACCUUUGGCCCAUGCUUUGUUAAUAUGUAUGGGAGCCCGCGAGAGUUCUCUGCCUUUUCAGACCCACAUGAGGCCCUAAACAUUGGAAAGGGAGAGGGUGUGGCUUAUCGAGGGCGGGUGCUGCUGGAGCUCAUUACAAAGCUGUCAGAUCAUGUGGAACAAAAAGUUGAAGACAUACACACUGAUGACCUGCAGGUAGUGGAGAAAUUUAUGCGGAAGAGGAAAUACUCUCUGUUUGCUGCCUUCUAUUCCGCCACUCUUCUUCAGGAUGUGGAUGAUGCAGUUCAGUUUGAAGUCAGUAUUGGGAACUAUGGAAACAAGUUUGACUACACCUGUCUGCCACUGGCCUCCACCACUCAGUUUAGCAGGGCUGUGUUUGAUGGCUGCCAUUACUACUACCUGCCAUGGGGAAAUGUGAAACCUGUGGUGGUCUUGUCUUCAGAGUGGGAAGAUAUUGGUCCUCGCAUAGAGGCUCUAAACAUGCUGCUCAGCAUAGUCGACCGGCUGGAAUCAAACCUGGAGAAGGUACAACUGGAGCUAAAAGCAAGAAGUGACCAACAGGAAGUGGAGCAGAGGGUUAUCCAGCUGCUUGAUGAUGUCAUAGCUGACUGCAGUGAGGAGCUCCCUGAGGUGGAUAAAUGGCCCUGUGUGACUCCGUUGGAUAAAGCUCUGAGGAAUCUACGCAAGAUUAACAUGGAGCAGAUCAUGCAGGCCGCAACGGCACUCAAGCAUGGCCCAGAGACUGAGCUGAGUGCAGUGCUGGAGCAGGCUGACGACUGGGUCAUAAGGCUACGCCACCUUGCUGAGGAGCCCCAGAACAGUCUUCCAGAUAUAAUAGUCUGGAUGCUACAGGGGGACAGGAGAGUGGCCUACCACAGAAUCCCAGCACACCAGGUUCUUUUCUCCCAGGGUUACUGCGGCAAGCAUUGUUGCCAACUUCAGACGGUUUUCAUGAAGUAUCCACAGGAAGACGGGGGGGACAGUAAGAUCCCAGCUCAGCUCAGGGUAAAGGUGUGGUUUGGACUGACUGCGGAUGUCAAAUUCUUCAACCAGUUUGCUGAGGGAAAACUAUCUGUGUUUGCAGAAAUGUAUGAGAACCAGACUAAAUUGGCCCUGGUGGGAAACUGGGGUACGACUGGUUUGACAUACCCCAAAUUCAGUGAUGUGACUGGCAGAGUUAAACUGCCAAAGGAGAGCUUUAAGCCCUCUCCAGGAUGGAGCUGGGCAGGAGACUGGUACAUCAGCCCAGAGAAAACAUUGCUGUAUGAUGCUGAUGCUGGUCAUACAAGCUUUCUGGAGGAAGUCUUUGAAAAUCAGAUGCGGUUGCCAGGAGGACAGUGGAUUGGCAUGCCAGAGGGGUACACAGAUGUGAAUGGAGAAAAGGCAGUGCCUAAAGAUGAGAUUGAGUGUCCCCCUGGCUGGGUUUGGGAGGAUAUUGAGUGGAGCGAAGAUCUGAAGCGUGCAGUGGAUGAUCAAGGAUGGGAAUAUGGCAUAACCCUCCCCCCUGACCGCCGGCCGAAAUCUUGGGUUCCAUCCGAGAAGAUGUACCACACCAACCGCCGCAGACGCUGGAUUCGACUUCGCCGUAGAGAUAUGCAGAAAAUGGAAGCACUCAGAAAACAGCGUCCAGAUGAGUCUGAGCGCGAGGGCUGGGAAUAUGCAUCAUUAUUUGGCUGGAAGUUUCAUCUUAAGCAGAGGAAAACUGACUCCUUCCGUCGUCGACGCUGGAGAUGUCGCAUGGAGCCAUUGGAAAAGACAGGGCCAGCGGCCAUCUUUGCCUUGGAGUGUUCACUGAGCAGUGUUACUGAUGAAAAGAAUGAUGAUAAGUCAGUUACAACAACAUUUGGUGUCAACCGCCCAACCAUCUCCUGCUUCUUUGAUAGUGGGACCCUGUAUCAUUUGCGAUGCUACUUGUAUCAGGCCAGAGACCUACUGGCAAUGGAUAAGGACAGUUUCUCAGAUCCUUAUGCCAUUGUAUCCUUCCUGCAUCAGAGCCAGAAGACAGUGACUAUUCGGAACACUCUCAACCCUACCUGGGACCAGACCCUCAUCUUCUAUGAAGUGGAAAUAUUUGGAGACAUUCAUGUGACUGAGAGGAACCCUCCGAACAUUGUGGUGGAACUGUACGAUCAGGACACCUAUGGAGCUGAUGAGUUUAUGGGGCGCUGUGUGUGCCAACCAUCAAUGUCUUCUCCUCGCCUUGCCUGGUAUCCCAUCCAAAAAGGCGGGAAGGCUGCUGGAGAACUGCUUGCUGCUUUUGAACUGAUCCUCAGAGAUAAGCCUGCAGUUCACCACAUACCCGGUCAAGAAGGGGAUUUUAUACCACCCUCACAUAUCAUGGAUGAGCUUGUGCUUCCAGGGUUCCUCUCUGACAGUCAACAGAAGCAAUGGCCAGAGGACUCUGAUUUGCCCUAUCCACCUCCGCAGAGGGAACCUAAUGUCUACAUGGUGCCACAGGGGAUCAAACCUGUCCUACAGCGCACUGCUAUUGAGAUCCUGGCAUGGGGUUUGCGUAACCUGAAGAGUUUCCAGCUUGCCAGUGUGACAUCUCCUAGUCUCCAGGUGGAAUGUGGGGGACAUGUCGUUCAGUCAUGUGUCAUUCGAAAUACUAAGAAGAAUCCUAACUUUGAUGUCAACACUCUGUUCAUUGAUGUGCGGCUGCCCAAGGAGGACCUUUACAUGCCCCCAUUAGUGAUUAAAGUUAUAGACAACCGACAGUUUGGCAGGAAGCCAGUAGUGGGCCAGUGCACAGUCCGCUCGUUGAAUGAGUUCCACUGCCAGCCAGAGACCAUGGAGAGAGAACCUAAAGAAGAGGAAUUUGAAGCAAUUGCUCACAUCCCUAGUGAUGAAGUUCUGAUUGAUAUCGAUGACAAGGAGCUUCUCAUUCCUGGACAGCAGGAUGAAUUUAUGGACUGGUGGAGCAAGUUUUAUGCCUCUACAGGUGAGAGGAACAAGUGUGGAAGUUAUCUGGAGAAAGGGUUCGAUACACUGCAGGUGUACGACACAGAACUGGAGAAGGUCGAAAGCUUUGAGCAAUUUGCUGAUUUUUGCCGAACGUUCAGACUUUACUGUGGAAGAACCCAAGACGAGAGUGAUGACCCUUCCAUUGUUGGAGAGUUCAAGGGUUCGUUUAAGAUAUAUCCACUUCCUGAUGAUCCCGCAGUGGCCACACCCCCACGGCAGUUCUGCAAACUCCCACCAAAUAGUAUAGAGGAGUGCGUGGUACGUGUGUACAUCAUACAGGCCUAUGGCUUACAGCCCAAAGAUGCCAAUGGCAAGUGUGACCCUUACGUUAAGAUCACACUUGGCAAGAAAUCAGUCAAUGACCACGACAGUUACAUACCCUGUACUUUGGACCCCGUCUUUGGAAAGAUGUUUGAGCUGACAUGCAGUUUGCCUCUAGAGAAGGACCUGAAAAUCAUAUUGUAUGAUUAUGACAUGCUCUCUAAAGAUGAAAUAAUCGGAGAGACCGUCAUCGAUCUGGAGAAUCGCUUUUUGUCCCGUCAUGGUGCUUGUUGUGGCCUGCCACAAACCUACUGUCUGUCGGGUGUCAACCAGUGGCGAGAUCACCUGAAACCUACCCAGUUACUUCAUCAUCUAUGUGAGAGGCGAAACUAUAAACUGCCUGUCUACAAGCAGGAUCGAGUUUACUUCAGAGGACAGGAAUACACCAUGGCAGACCUUGAUGAAGGGAAACCUCUUAACCCUCACCUGGGUCUAGUGCAGGAGCGUCUCGCUCUUUUGGUGCUGAGAAGGCAGGGUCUGGUACCCGAGCAUGUUGAGACACGACCCCUCUACAGCCCCCUACAGCCGGAUAUAGAACAGGGGCGGUUGCAAAUGUGGGUGGACCUGUUCCCUAAAUCUUUAGGCCCACCAGGGCCUCCAUUCAAUAUUACACCACGCAGAGCCAAAAAGUACUUCCUGCACUGUAUUAUAUGGAACACAAGAGAUGUUAUCUUGGAUGAUGUCAGCGUUACUGGGGAGAAGAUGAGUGACAUUUAUGUGAAAGGCUGGAUGCAUGGCCAUGAAGAGAACAAGCAGAAAACAGAUGUGCACUAUCGAUCACUGGGAGGUGAAGGCAACUUUAAUUGGAGGUUUCUCUUCCCCUUCCAUUAUUUACCUGCUGAACAACUCUGCACCAUUAAUAAAAAGGAGCAUUUUUGGAGUUUGGACAAAGUUGAAACAAAACUGCCUCCUAAGCUUACUAUCCAGAUUUGGGACAAUGACAAGUUCUCCUUUGAUGAUUUCCUUGGUUGUUUGGAGAUGGAUCUGAACCAUAUGAUGAGUCCUGCAAAAUCUCAAGGGAAAUGUGGUCUGGAGAUGCUCUCACAGACCCAAGACAAGCUGGUUUCACUGUUUGAGCAGAAGACGGUAAAAGGCUGGUGGCCUUGCGCAUGUGACAGACAAGGCGAGAAGAUCCUUGCAGGAAAAGUGGAAAUGUCCCUGGAAAUCGUCUCUGAGCAGGAGCAGGAUGAGAGGCCAGCAGGGCUCGGCAGAGAUGAGCCAAACAUGAAUCCCCAUCUAGAGGACCCACAGCGUCCUGAGACCUCAUUUCUAUGGUUUUCAUCCCCGUAUAAGACGUUUAAGUUCAUUGUGUGGAGAAGGUUUAAGUGGCUUAUUCUUGGCCUCUUUCUUCUCUUUUUCAUUAUACUCUUCCUUGGAGUCUUUCUCUACGCCUUCCCUAACUAUGCUGCUAUGAAGAUGGUUGGACCCUUCAGUGGAGUUGGAAAGGGAACACUGUGAUACGGUGAUGGGGAAAUGGAAAUAGACCCCAAUACCAACCAAACCAAAAUCUCCACCCACGCAUCUCUGUCAGGCUUAUUGGACUGAUAUACAUAUAUGCACAGAUAUCUAUGGCCUUGCUCAUGCAUAUGUACUUGCUAGCCAAGAGAAAGCCAAAGACACUCAAACACUAUGUGAAACAUUGGUGUGUGCAUCUUUAUGUGUGCGUUUGCUUGUUAUAGUACUAUAUGCAAGAAUGUUGCAUAAUGAAUGUGUUUGUACAUAUAUUACAUGCCAAGCUCCCUGCCCUGUAUCUGACCUAGCCCUGAACUCUCUCCAUAUUCUCUCCGACUCCCACUAACACUUUCAUCUCUCUGCCUGUUUAAUCCUUUUUCAUGUCUUCUGUAAUACUAUGCGCUUUCUUCACAGCCAGAUGCUCCUUUCUUCUUCCUUCAUGCAGAGAGAGGGAGACAGAACCGCCUCGCACCACCUCCCAUCCAUUUGUUCCUCUCCUUUAUUUCUCCUUUCAACAGUGUUGGCUGUGUAGGUUAAACCCUGGAUUUGUACUGUUAGGCUGUUAGGUCCGAGGCGGGCUGGUUAUUAGCUGAGCCCCCGCUGUUAGCAGAGUGUGAUAGUAAUCAGAGAGGUGGCUCUGAUUACUACCACACUGUUUUUUUGCUUUAAAGAAAUCCUCACUAAAUGGAUUUGAGGUCAAUUGUGGGUUGGCAAAGUGCGUGUGUGUAUGUAUAUGUGUGUGGAUAGUUGGAUGUGAAAGGGAACAAAAGAUAAAAGGAUUGUUUGAGUAAAUCUUAUGCUCACGCCCAAGUGCCUUUUUGCAUUUGACUCUGUAAUGUAUGAAAAUGAGCAGAUGCAUCUGGAAAAAGGUGCAAGACCUCUAAACAUGCCUGUGAAAGGACUAUUACAUGGUAAAAUACACAAAUUGCCUAUUUUCUCUUCAUGACCAGGUCAUGUGCUCCUCCUACCCAAUUCAGUGAAGGUUGGGCUACCUCAGGUGGACCAGGGCUAUUGCCAAAUCAGUUAAACUGGAAUCUCAAUCAGCUGCAAGAAAAGUCAAGAGAUCUAGGUUUAAUCUAACUAAAUCGGCAGGAUUUCCAGACGUUAUGUUAUUUAAAAAAUGAGGGUAAAGUAGAGAAGAGCUUUGACCUUUCCAAAUAGGUCACUGAUCUGACAAUAAAAAGGCUGCAUUCCUACAGUAUGUUACUAUGUUAAGAAAUAGGCUAGAGGAGGGCUUAAUUUUUUAAUGUUUUUUUUUUAAUUAUGUUCAGUAAUAUGUUCUGCACAUCUAUGCAUGGAUCCACAAUAUCACUGACUUCACAUCACUGAAAUAAGGAUGACAAAAACUUCCAGAAUGCCUUGUGCUUUGUCCAUGGUCAAUCUCUUGCCAAAUCUUGUGUACAAAAAUCUUCUCUUGCAAUGUUGUGCAUCUAUGAAAAGUUUUUUGUCAUGGAUUUACAAAGUCCCUCAAUAUGACAAUCAAGACUGUUUAUUUCUGAGUGAAAGAACAUAUUCUAUUACAUGCCUAUGAAUUAUGAAUGAUCUUUAAUGUAAUACUGCAUUGUUGAAUCUAAAUGCCUUAUAACUUAUGCUGUUGUGUCCAAUGAAUUCACUGUUAAAUCUAUUGUAUGUAGAGCACUGUAUAAUAUGUUAUCGUCAAAUAUAUACCUUACCUAUAUGUAUUCCAUUGUGUACAUUUUUCUUUUUUUUUUUUAAUCUUUUGUGUCUAAGACAUUUUAUCCAGAAAUCUGUUGUUUUAUGUGAAUUGUUUUGUUGAGUACAUUCUAAAGAAAGUUAUGUAGCUCCAUAAGACCCUUAGAUAGCUCUGGUUCCCACUUCACUCCCUCUCUGACUGCUGUGACUAU